GGAGGCGUAGGUGGAGGAGAAUAUCAAGGUGGAGGUGCUGCCGCAGGAGGAGGCUACCAAGGCGGCGGUGGAGGAGGUGGUGGCGGCUACAGCCAAGGUCCAUCAGUCGGAGUUAGCGCUGGAGGAAGCUACAGUGCUGGAGGCGGAGGUGGGGGUUACCAAGGUGUCACUGGUGGACAUUCUGAAAUUGCACCUAUAGCUCCAGCUCCUACUUACCAGCAAGGACCCGUCGAAGCUGAUCAGGUUGAUGUGAAGCCACAACAAGAAUUGAGUAUUGUUACCGAGCAACAGCCUCAACAGACUGAACCACAACCUGAACCUGCACCUGUUGAUUCUUCAAUUUCUGGUCACCAAGAAGUAGAACAACAGCCGGCCCCAGCCCCAGCCCCAGCUCCAGCGAUGACCUCCGUUCCCGCUCCAGCUCCAGCUCCAGUCACUGUUGUAGAAACAGCUCACGUCGCUACUGAGACGCCAAAAGAAGAAUCCAGCUAUGAUGAUAUUGUAGAAGAGCAGCAAACUGUAGAUAACAGUCAAGCAACAUCUGGAGCUGCUCCAGCAACGAAUGAAGUCGACUACUCGAAUGAUGCAGCCGACGAAGGAAAUUGCGAUGAUCCUGAGCUAAAAGCUAUUGUUGAAGGAGCACUUGCAUCAGAAAGGGGAGCUGCUCCAGCAACGAAUGAAGUCGACUACUCAAAUGAUGCAGCCGAUGAAGGAAAUUGCGAUGAUCCUGAGCUAAAAGCUAUAGUUGAAGGAGCACUUGCAUCAGAAAGGGACAACCUUGAAGCAGCACGAAAGAUUGAAAGCGACGCCGCCGCCAAGUUUGGCGGACGGUUCAACGCUAUCGUCUCAGAUGCUGAGUUCGCUUACGUGAACUGGUAUGGCAAGCGGAACUGCCAACUGCGUGUCGGAAACCGUCACUCGCUCACCUGGGAGGACUAA